AUGCGAAUAAAUGAAAACAGAGCCGAAAUAAAAAGAAGAAAAGAGAGCGGGUGGGAGGGGAAAAGAAAGAAGAGGGAAGGAGUUCUGGACAAGCGGAGGGAGCAGGAAUGUCACUGCAAAUUAAGUCCGACGGCAUGCAGCCUCAACAGUAAUCAUUGGAGGUCUGGACAGGCAGGUCGAUUGGCAGCCAAGUCGCAGGACCGAAUGAUGGAUCAAAUGGGGAAACGCAGUGAAGGUGGACGGAUGGAGGUGAGGCUGGCCCUGGAGGUCCAGCAUAGCCGACAGGGAGGUAUUCCAGACGUACCUAGCAAUGGAUCUAAUAAUAAUAAUAAUCAAGCACGAACACGCAGAGGUGGAAAAUAA